AUGAUUUUUAAUCCAGUUUCACGGAAUCGUUUCUUCCUUAGUAAAGUUCGAUGGCAAAUUUCAAUCCUUGCUCAUAUCGGUUUCGCCAUCUCAUUUGCUAUCCGUUCAAAUUUCGGUGUCGCGAAGAGUCGAAUGAUCACAAAUUUCACGGAUGCCUGGGGAGAAGAUCACGUGAGUUCCGUUACAUCGGUUAAUACGUCAAAAAUAAGCAGUACUAGGAUAUUAAUAUACCAAAGUAAAACUGAGCUGUACCAAGUGACUAUGUUUUUCUCAAACAUAACCCCCAUAUAUAAUCCCGUUUCUGGCAAAUUACGAAAACAAGAAACGUUCAUUGUGUUCACGAACUAA